ACUCGACCUUCCCUUCCCUCACGGCCAAACCACAGCCACAACCACCACUCUUGGUUUCCUUAUCUUCCCCUCCUCUAUAUCUCUUCCGCUCCAUUCACCUCUCUCCAUACCCGCAAAAACGUAAAAGCAUCAAAAACUCUCUCUGAAUCCAUCUCUCAAACCCGUCCCGCAGCAACCCUUUUCCCCCCCAGUUCUCAAAGGCGGAUUUUGAUUUGCUCUGUUCUGGGUUCUUGUUUCUCGUGCGUGUGAUUCAGGGGGAAGCUUGAUUGGAAAAGGGAAAGUGGGUUGCCAAAGGGUGUGGAUUUGAUUUGAUUUUUGGGGGGGUUUUCGUUUUUUUUUCUUCUUUCAUUUCCCUGUAGGAAGAAGGAAAGCUGGAAGGAUUUUCAGGGGAUAAUUCCAGGGUAGACAAGUUGCAGACAUCACGGCUAUUCACGGCGUAACUCGGCCUCUAAUCCAUGUCCGUUCAGUGCGUCGCAAGCUGGAUAUAAUCCAGAGCAACCCUUCUGCGCACGGCGGCCGUGGAGCUUUGCCUUCGGAAGGCGGGAGCCCUUCCGAUCUCCUCUUCCUCGCCGGCGGUGGUUCCCUCUUCCCUUCCUCUUCUUUUUCCUUUUUAGUGUAGGAUUUAGGAUAUUUCUCGUUUCCUUUUUCGCUUCGGAAAGCGCAACAAAAUAGAAAGAGUAUAUAUAGGAGGAAGAAUCAUUCGAGUAUAUUGUUUAAGAUCCUUUGUGGGCCGUAGAGAAUUUGUGAAAUUCCUUGUGUGAGGUCAAAAAAAGAAGCGAAAGGAUGAUGCUUAGAAUCAAGAGGGUUCCUACCGUUGUGUCGAACUACCAAAAGGACGAAGGCGAAGACGCUGCCCGCCGCGGCGGAGGUUGCGGCCGCAAUUGCCUUCAGAAGUGUUGCAUUCCAGGGGCAAAGCUUCCUCUCUAUACUUUCAAGAGGGCGGAGGAGAUUCCUGGCGACAAGUGUGUUCUUGAGCAUGAUGAUAACCAGGCUCCUGUUGCAUUCUUGGACUCCCUCCUCCUUGGACAGUGGGAGGACCGCAUGCAGCGAGGACUGUUUCGCUAUGAUGUCACUGCAUGUGAAACCAAGGUGAUUCCUGGCCGAUGUGGCUUCAUGGCCCAACUGAAUGAAGGUCGUCACCUGAAGAAGAGGCCAACUGAAUUCAGGGUUGACAAGGUUCUUCAGCCCUUUGAUGGGAACAAGUUCAACUUCACUAAAGUUGGGCAGGAGGAAGUGCUCUUCCAGUUUGAUGCGAGCGAAGAUGGUGAAGUCCAGUUCUUCCCAGAUGCUCCAGUUGAUGCUGACAGUUCUCCUAGCGUGGUUGCCAUCAAUGUUAGCCCUAUCGAGUAUGGGCAUGUGCUGCUGAUUCCGCGUAUCUUGGAAUGUCUGCCUCAAAGGAUUGAUCGUGAGAGCUUUUUGCUUGCACUUUACAUGGCAAUUGAAGCUGGGAACCCUUACUUCCGCUUGGGUUACAACAGUCUUGGUGCAUUUGCUACCAUCAACCAUCUUCACUUCCAGGCUUACUAUUUGGCUGUGCCAUUCCCGAUCGAGAAGGCUCCUACCAGGAAGGUGACAACAUUAGGUGAUGGAGUGAAAAUCUCUGAGCUCUUUGAUUAUCCGGUCAGGGGUCUCGUCUUUGAAGGUGGGAACACUCUCCAAGACUUGUCAAACGCCGUCUCUGAUGCCUGCAUUUUUCUUCAAGAUAACAACAUUCCACACAACGUCCUGAUUGCUGAUUGUGGAAAGCGCAUCUUUCUCUUGCCUCAGUGCUAUGCUGAGAAACAAGCACUUGGCGAAGUGAGCAGUGAGCUUCUCGAUACCCAAGUGAACCCUGCGGUGUGGGAGAUCAGUGGGCACAUGGUGCUGAAGAGGAAGAAAGACUACGAGGAAGCUUCCGAGGAGAAUGCAUGGAGGCUUCUAGCUGAAGUGUCCCUCUCCGAAGAGAGGUUUGAAGAAGUGAAAGCUCUGAUCUUUGAAGCCUGUUCCUACACCUUGAGCGAGAAGGAAGAUGAGCACCUGACUCAGGGUGCAGGCGAUGACAAACCUCCUCUCGAAGGGACUGGCUCGAUCAACAAAGGCAGGAACUGCAACAUGGUCUCAGGAACUCAAGAAUGCCUGGUUCUGCAGUAGUAAAAGGACUAGUUUCUUUAGUUAAGAAGCCGCAAGAGCUUUGCUUGUGGGGAAGAGUAUGGCAGCUGUAGCUUACUAAGAAUAAGCAAAACCAGGGUUUGGUUGCUGUAGUCAAACUAGGUUUGCAGUUGUUGUUGGCCUACUGUUUAUUGCCAUAUUAUUGUGAUUGUUGCCUGCCCCUCGUGUGGGCGCGGCGCGAGGGCUUAUGUGGUCUGUAUGUACCUUUGAGAUUCUGGGAAGAUUCGCCUUUGUAUGGAAUGCUUGUUAUCUAUCAAGAUUGGAAAGCUUCAAUUAAGACACUACUGUUGAUAUGCCUGUUCUGCUUGU